GAAGUGAGAGUGAGGUCAUCGGUGGCGUCACAAUCGGUGGUUUCGUCCAGUAGAGUUAAUGGGUUGGAUUUUGUAAAGGAAGUAUCCAAUGCGGAAAUAUUAAAUGUGUAUAAACUGUAAUUAAUUCAAGUAAUGGCCAUAAUAUGAUGAAAAGAGUGAGAAUGUUCCAGAUGAAGAUGGCGAGCGGUGGAAGGAAUAAACAACGAGAUUCCAGGAAAGAUGGAGGCGAUGCAAAUGGCGACUGCCUCUCGGAGGAUUCGGACGCUGUCAGCAAGGGCAAGAGUAAAAAUGGCAUACUUAAGUCGCUCAGGUGGAGGUGGAGAAGGAGUAAAAGGGUUAAGCGCGUCGAUAAUCAUCUUCAGAACAAUAGCCAUCACGUUGAUGACGAUAGGAUGCUUGCUAGUAAAAAAUUUCGAUUUAGACCCAGUAACGCCAACGGUGGGAGCGUCGUCCGUCCGGUCAACUGUCCGGUGGUGUCCGUCGAAGCUCGGCCGGUGCCAGAACCCGCACGUGCGGUGGAGUUUCCCCGCCGCCACAAUGGGACAGCAGCCGUCCUGGGCCCUCGUGCCGAUGGCGAUGACGGAUGUGACUACUGCGGAUCCGGCCCCCUGACCGCCAGAGGGGCCGAAUCUGACGAGAAACUGUUUGGCGGCGGGGAGACGUGCGAGACUGAGACCGGCGGCACUCCGGCACUGGUGCCUUCCUCUUCAAAAGCUCUCGCCAUCGUCGACUGUCACGAACCGCCCCGGGUGGGGAGCCUGACACAGGAACUGUUCAAGUUGUCCAAGUGUGGCUGGUACUGGGGUCCCAUCACCCGGAGUGAGGCCGAGGAGAAGUUGCUGGAGCAGAGCGACGGGGCGUUCCUGGUUCGCGACAGUUCGGACGACCGUUACCUACUCAGUUUGAGUUUCCGUUCCUUCGGCAAGACACUGCACACGCGCAUCGAACAUUGCAACGGCCUCUUCAGCUUCUAUGCCCAGCCCGAGCUGGAGGGCCACACGUCCAUCGUCAGACUCAUCGAACAGUCAAUGAACUACUCGCAGUCCGGCGUGUUCUGUUACUCUAGAAGUCGGUCUCCGGGUUCUCCUUCCUAUCCGGUCCGACUGACCAAGCCGGUUUCGCGUUUCACUCAAGUGCGAUCGUUGCAGUAUCUGUGUCGAUUCGUCAUCAGACAGCACACCCGUUUCGACCAUAUUCAGAAGCUUCCGCUGCCGUCUCGCAUCAAAGGCUAUUUAGAAGAAGGACAUUAUUAAUUUUUAAGUAAAAUAUUUAAUAUUCUUAAUCUCUGUUGCUCAAUUUAAUAUUUCUACUUGUUAUUUUCUUUGUCUUGUUCCUAUAUACUUAUACAAAAAAACUAUAUAUAUAUUCUGCUUCUAAUACUCUCUACGUAUCUUAAAGAUAUGCUACUUUUUAUUUUAAGCAAGUAUUUAUUGCAUAGCUCUAUUCUUAAUAUGUUUUUAGCCUUUCGUCGAGUCUAUACUUUUUGCCAUUCUGUAAGAAUGUCUAAAACUCGUGUUCGAAAACAUUAUUUUGCAAAUUGUAAAAAAAAAUGUUUAUAGACUGUAAAAUAAUUUUGUACAUUUGUUUCAUUUGUGAAAAUUUUAGUGAAUGAGACUGAAAGUUAUUUUAGAAACAUUUUGCAAACAAACAAAAAAAAAACAAAAUCGUAGUUUUGUUUUUAUAUAGAAAAAUUAGUGUCAAAUUGGAAGACUGUACAUAAAAAUUUACAAAUUGUUUUCGAUUUUGCUAUCGUUCAGUUAUCCAACGAUGAAUUUUAACGUAUUGCAUUCACGAAUCUGCUGAGUUUGUUAAUGGAAGAGUAUGAUGCUAGGAAAUUUUAUUUUUUAUUGUAAAAUAAUUUUUGGUAGUUUCAUUUGGUAAUGCAGCAAAUGAAAAAAAACUGCAUCCUCAAAAUAAAUUUAAAUGAAUAGCUAAAAUUUGAGUUGUCAUUAUUAAUAGAUAAUUUUUCUUUUCUUUUAAAUUUAGGAAAUUAAAAACAAUAGUGCAAAAU